UAUUUUUUUUUAUUUUUUCGGCAAAAUUUUCUCUUUAAAUUUGAUUUUGUAUCUAAAAUCAAUUCAUAAGUAAAUGUGUCACAUUAUUAAUGAAUUAAUUUCCGUUAUUAUUAUAAUAUUAUCAUUUUCCAAACCAAAUACCUCUGCGAAAAAUUUGGGAGUUAACGGUUCAUCAUUAGAUUUAUUCACAUUUCAGGGUUUUAUUAAAAAUUAAAGUAUUUACAACCCAAAAAAACUGAAAAUUAAAUGAUUAUAAAAAUAUGUUAAAUAUUUGCCAGAAAAAAAAAAAAUCUCUGGGGGCGAAGGAGAUAUUAAAGAUUUCGGGGUAACCGAUUCCGAAUUAAAAUUUCUGUCCUGUCUGCUCUCUGUAUUUGAGUAUUUCCUAAAGCAAGAAGAGGCGAGUCAAAGCUAAGCUCAGCAAUGUUUCCGUCCAACCACCAGUUUUCAAGUCAACCGAGGGCAUUGGCUGUUGUUGAUUCCACAAUUCAAAUGCAAGUGGAUCUGAAUGAAGCCUCCUUUGUUGAGCGGGAUGAAAUGCAAAAUAUAGGCUUUUCACAAGCCAAAUCCAUCAUCGAGAGUUCUGAGAAACUUAAAGAUGAUCUUCAAAUGUUGGGGAUGAAAAUCAAGCAGCAUGAGGAUAGCAUGAGACUUCUAGAGGCUCAGAAGAACAAACUUGAUGACUCUAUACUUGAUAUGCAAGUUAUGCUUGGCAAGCAUCACUCUUCUAGUGCGCCUAAGAUUGAAAACAAGGACCAUUCCCACCUUCAAAGUGAGGAGGAAACAAUUGAACAGAUUCUUAGGCAUGAAAAGUCGGCUGCAGGAAUUUUGUGUCAGCUGAAAACUCGUCAUGGCACUCAGGCUUCUCAUCUGACUUUGACAAAGGAUGUGUUGGGUCUUGUGGCUACACUUGGCAAAGUGGAUGAUGAAAAUCUUAGUAGGCUUUUCUCGGAGUACCUAGGAGUGCAGACUAUGUUGGCAAUUGUUUGUAAAACUCAUGAAGGUAUUAAAGCUUUGGAAACAUACAACCAGGAUGGCUGCUUAGACAAAACUUCUGGUCUGCACGGGCUUGGUGCUUCUAUUGGGAGGCCUUUAGAUGGCCGAUUUCUUGUAAUUUGUCUAGAAAGUUUAAGACCUUAUGCUGGUGAUUUUGUAGCUGAUGACCCCCAGAGGAGGCUUGAUCUUUUAAAGCCAAGAUUACCAAAUGGGGAGUGUCCUCCUGGCUUUCUUGGCUUUGCAGUGAACAUGAUUCAUGUGGAUAGCUCAAACUUAUUUUAUGUCACUGCCAGUGGGGAUGGCCUCAGAGAGACUUUAUUUUACAAUCUGUUCUCACGUCUUCAAGUGUACAGAACAAGGGCAGAGAUGGUUCUUGCUCUCCCUUGUAUAAGUGAAGGAGCAGUGUCUCUGGAUGGUGGGAUGAUCAGAAGCCCUGGUGUAUUUUCCCUAGGCAGUCGGGAAGAGGUAGAUGUGAGGUUCCCAAAAUCCUCUGCAACAUCAGAUGUGCCGCAAAACUACAUUGAAACUGAGAAGCAGAUGAAAGAAAUGAGAUGGGAAAAAGAAAAGUUGGAAGAGGAUACGAAGAGGGAACUUGCAUUGCUGAAUAAUGCAAAGUUCAAUUUUGAAAGAAAGAAGCAAGACUUUGUCAAGUUUCUUGCUCAAAGCUCGUCAUAUGCAACUCAGCAUCAGUUUCAGGCAGCAAGAGAUAGGUUGACUCCAAGAUGACCAUAACAAACUUAGUCUAGCUAGCAGAUUGAACAGUGUGCAGAAGCAUUCGAACAAUAAAUUUCAGCUUCUGCCACCCUGAUAAUUUUUUUUGGCCUUGGAAAUGGACAUAAAAAUAACUGGAGGAAAGGCAAAAGAAUGUGUUUUUUUUAAAAGACUUUUUAUUUUCCUGAUAAGCAUAUACUUUCUCAUGUCAAAACUAGAACUUGUCUCUCAAAUGUAGACACAGGCACCUUCGACCAUGAUAAACCAUAAAUUGACAGAUCACAGAAGGCAUCCUUUGGUCCUCGUUCAAGGCAGGAUCUGUACGGUGUAAAACUGCUUAAGAGGAUUUUAAAUGCUGUAACUUUCUGGUCAUCAUCUGUACUCUUUACUCUUUCGUCUUUUUAAAAUGCUGUACCAUUUUCUGGUUCUCGUGCCUCUGCCAUCAAAAGGGUAGGAUUUUUGGAGUAAAUUCAUUUAUUUUUGGCAUGUUUGCAUCUGUUUUAUUAUUUUCAACCAUAAUUUGUACACAUUGGUUGGAGACAGAUUAUUCUCAUUCACCCGAACUCAAGGCCCAAACUGGAAAGGCCAGUUUCAUAUUUUUCUUUUUUCUGAUUCCAUUGGGCUAAUUUCAGGUUUUCAAAUAAUCUGAAGAAAGACA